AUUACUUGAGGAACAUUACUAAGUUUCACAUCCUUUUUUUAAGCAAUGGAUUUUCAACAUUACUUAAGUAUAUGGCCAACUACUUGUCUGACUUUCAGAUUUACAGCAUUUUAAAUCUGUAUUCUUGUUUUAUUUGUCUAACUGAUUCAAUGCUAAAUUCAGAAAAAGAGACAGCAGUCAACAUACCUGAAGUGAGAUUUUAUAAUCAGAGAACACGGACAACUUGGAUUAGUCUACAGUGAAACAGCUGGUCACCCUUCUUGAUCACAAAAAUCCACAUGGCACCAUUAGCAAAUGGAGUGUUUCUGCUCAUCUUAUGUCACUUGCUGACAUCCAUGAGGGCUGAAAACCCCAUAUUUUUUCCUUGUGAAAACAACACGGAUUCAACAGUGGUGGACUGUAGUGAGAGAAAUUUGACCCAUGUGCCGUUAAUCCUCAAGUCAUCCUCUGUGCUAUCCCUGAAUUUGGAUCGGAAUAAAAUUCAAAAGCUGGAGCGCCUUGCCUUUGCUGGAGUUUCCCAACUGCGGAUCCUCAUGAUUAAUUGGAACUGCCCCCCGGGUAGGCUGAGGGCCCUGGGUGUGCCUCCCUGUCACAUGCAGAUAGACCCAGAGGCCUUUACUGGCUUGAAGAACCUGACCAAGCUCUUCCUGGCAGGCAACAGUCUUAUCCAAGUUCCUGCGUUGCCCGAACACCUGGAAGUACUGAGCAUUGAGUAUAAUAAACUCUUCAAUAUCACUGAGCCUCUGGGGACCCCACUCCUCCAACAACUUUUUUUAUCUAAAAACUGUUACUAUGCCAAUCCCUGUAACCAAACCUUUUUCAUAGACAAGAAGAUCUUCCAAGGUUUGCCGAACCUGUGGAAUCUCACCUUAGGAUUUAAUAAUAUCACUGAGGUUCCCCCUGGUCUGCCUCCCUCCCUGGAAGUCCUGGACCUCAAAGAGAACAAAAUUAGUGAGAUCAAUGAGCUGGCAUUCGCAAACCUGUCAAAGCUCAGGAACCUCAACCUUGAGUGGAACUGUCAGCGCUGCGACCAUGCAGCCCAGCCUUGCUUCCCAUGCGCUAACAAUGCCCCUAUUAAGCUGUACCAGGGAACUUUCAGGAACCAGGUGCAGAUCACCUCCCUGAGUCUAAGAGGGAACUCUCUCAGACACCUGCCAGACAAACUGUUCAGCAACCUGCAAAGCCUCAAUUAUUUGGACCUCUCUGAUAAUCUGCUGGCCUAUGCAAUCAGAAAUGGUACCUUCUUCAAAGACCUGAAGAACGUCUCAACUCUCAACUUAAUCUAUAACUACGAACCCCGGAAAACAUUCAAAAAUCUUUCCCUCUCCCCUCACAUCAGUGAAAUGAUUUCUUUGAAAAACCUCCUCCUCAGUGGCUACUUCUUCCAUGAAGUGUCCUUAGAGGGAAUCAAACCACUAAUGAAUCUCACACAUUUAGAGAAAUUGGAUUUACGAAUGAAUUUUGUAAGUUCGUGUCAUGUUGAAAUUUUUAGGAAGAUGAAGGCUUUGAAACAUAUAGUUCUUUCUCAGAACAUGUUGGAUUUUAUGCAGCAAUCCCAUAAUCCCAAUUUCUGCCAGUCAGAUCCCCCAAAUCAGCAGAUGGAAGAUGCCAUGAUUAUUUCUCCAAAAAUAAUUAACACAGAAAAAAACUAUCAAGGAUCACAUGAGGAUCAUAAUGAUGAUGAUCAUGUGAACCCAGAAAUGUGGACCUUUUUUAAACGUUACUGCGACAGAAAGUUAUUUUUUGACUUGUCCCUAAAUAAUAUCCUUUCUCUGAGGGAAAGCACAUUCAACGGCAUGGAGGAGGUGUACUGUUUGGAUUUGUCAUUUAAUUAUUUAAGUCAGUCACUGAAUGGAAAACAGUUUGUUCCCCUAAAGAACCUAGUCUAUCUUAAUAUGUCAUUUAAUAGAAUUGAUUUCUACUAUGAUGGUGCUUUUCAAGAAGUGAGGGACACACUUAAGGUACUAGACCUCAGUCAUAAUGCAUUUCAUUUUUAUAUGAAAGGUAUGGGUCAUCGCUUUGAAUUCAUCCAAAAUCUGACAUCACUGGAAGCCCUGAGUCUGGCUGACAACAACAUCGGAAUACGUAUCUCAUCAAAACUGACAAGUUCCUCCCUCAAUUAUUUAUUUUUUGCUGGCAACCGCCUAGACAUAAUGUGGGAUACCAGGGGUGACCAGUACAUCUUCUUUUUUAAAGAACUCACCAACCUGACCUAUUUGGACAUUUCCCGGAAUAAGCUCAUUUACUUCUCCCCUGAAGCCUUGUGUAACCUUCCAGAGAACCUUAGAACUCUGAAAGUCAGUGACAACGGGCUUCAUUAUUUCCCUUGGGGCAACCUUACAGUUCUCAUCAACCUCUACAAUCUGAUCCUCAGUAGGAAUUCCCUUAGUCAGCUGCCUAGUGAUGUCAUAUUUGGUCCCAACCUGACAUUCCUGGAUUUGAGUUACAACAGUAUCGGCCAGCUGCCUGAGGGCUUCUUCCAAGCAGCCACUUCACUGCGCUACCUCUUUCUGAAUAACAACCAACUGAAGUUCCUUGAUAUCCAAAGCCCCCCAUUUCAGUUUGAUAGCUGCCUCCAGAAGGUGACACUUCAUGAUAACCCAUUUGUGUGCAGCUGUGAUACAGCCUGGCUCUCUGACUUUCUGAGGACCAGUCCCAUUCAGUUUCCCAAACUCACCACCAACUUUAAGUGUGGAUUCCCUGAGUCCCUGCAAGGAGAGAGUGUGUUGUCAAUGGACCCUCGAUCCUGCCAGGAAAUAUUCGGCAGUAUUGGGUUCCUCUGCACAUUCCUACUGACUAUUGUGUUGACUGUUGUUCCCCUCCUUAAAAAACUGUAUGGCUGGGACCUUUGGUAUUGCAUCCAGGUCUUUUGGGCUGGGCACAAAGGUUACUCCAUGCUCCAGAACAACUCAAACCAGCAUGAUGCCUUUGUAGUGUUUGACACUAGAAAUGUACCUGUAAGAGACUGGGUUUACAAUGAGCUUGUGGUAAAUUUAGAGGACAGGGGAAUGAGGAGGUUCAGUCUCUGUCUGGAGGAGAGGGACUGGGUCCCUGGAGUUGCAUGCAUAGAGAAUCUACACAAUGCUGUAAACAACAGUAAGAAAACAGUGUUUGUGUUGACUAACAAUGGUGCUGUCAAUGGCACACUCAAACAGGCCUUCUACAUGGUACAGCAACGGUUGCUAGAUGAAAAAGUAGACGCAGUCAUACUCGUGCUUCUGGAUGAGGUUUUCCCAAAAAUGAAAUAUAUUAAAAUGAGAAAGAGGCUCUGCAGGAAGUCAGUCAUCUCAUGGCCCAGGAACCCACAUGCUCACCAACAUUUCUGGAACAAAAUGAGAGCAGCCUUGGCUGCAGAUAACUACCGUUCUUAUGAUAAAAAUAUCAAUGAAGGUUUCACAUCCGGUGACUUGAUCUAAUCUUCAUAAAUGCACUGACAGUCAAAAAUAAUUACUCACCAUGCACAGACAGGUUUAGGUAUACUGAGGAGGGAAUUUUGGUUAAAAUAGCCCAAAGAAUUUGAAGCCUUUCCUGAGUAGUGCUGAUUAUUGACAGUAUAUUUAUGAGGCAAUUAAGUUAACCAUCAGUCAUUGGGCUUUGAUCCCAUUGAAAAAAGUUUGAGCAAUGUACAAGGUGUGAGAACUCUCUCACUAGAAUCUGCUGGGAACUGUGCACUGCUAGAAACAUCAGAAAAGAUGCUAUAGACUUUUCUCAACAAAAGUAUAUAUAUAUAUACUUACAUGCAUUUUUAAAAUUUCACUGGGUUCAUGAAAUUUGUUUUAAAAUGGUUAGUUGUGAUUAAUUACGAUUUUAAUAGUCAUAAGCGUUUAACCAUUGUGAGUCAUUUAUCACCUGCUUUACUGAAAUGAAAAUGACUCUUUCAGUUCUUUUAUUUUGUGUUUUCACUAAAAAGGAAAUGAAAAUGAUUUACAUUUCAAGACUGUCAUGCCAGGUGUGUUCAGGAGUUUCCCCACUGCUUUAAUGACUGUUUAUCGAGUGACAGUUUUUUUGGAUUUAGGCCCUUUAACUUGUUUCUCUAAUUGAGUGUCAUCUUGCUAUUUUUCAUUAAUACAAUUAACAGAGAAAUAGUUCUAUUUUAUUUAAAGCCAUACAGAUCACAGUGAAGGUAUACAUUUUUUCCUUUUAUGGACUACCACAAACUCAAUUCUCAACUCAUAGAGGACCGGGAAUGGUACACAAGAAAUUGGUUUAUUUUGCUGAUGGAUAAAUGUUUGUUCUUUUUGUGAGAGUAUUUUAUGGAAGCAUUUGUGCUUUAAUUUCUGUAAUUAUUACUGUACAUGCUUGCUUGUAUCUGGGACACUUCACUUUCUUUUUAGGUUAAGAGGUUUAGGUAAAGAUUCUUCUUAGUUAAUUCUCAUUGUUUUGCUGAAUAUACAGUAUGGUCAGAUGAGAGCAAAAUUGAACUUUUAGACCAUGCACUCCAACCGUGGAUUUGGUGUCGGGAGAACACAUUGAAAAGGGCGUCAUAUUCACAGUCAAAUAUGGCAGUGCAUCUCUGAUGUUAUGGGGCUGUUUUGCUGGUCCUGGGGGUCUCGUUAAGGUAAAGUACCAAGCCAUUUUCAUUAAAUGAUUUGCCCUGGUAUCCCUUCCAGGAACCUCAAACUUGGCACAAAAGCGUCUUUAAAUAAGACAGUGAUCCACAACAUACAUCACUAUCCACCGAGAAAUGGUUGCUGUUCAAAAAUGUUUUGCAAUGGCCUGCACAUUCUCAAGUCUUGUUCCCAAUCAAAGGGUCUGAAGGAUCUUGAAAGAAAAUGUGGAGGAAAGGUCAGAGGUGGUAUUAUCCUUGUGAAGGAUAGGGUACACAAUGUUCUGAUAUUUUUGUGAAAAUGUGUUAUAUAUUCUUUGUUCAUCUUUAUCUUUAAAUUAGAAAAAAAAAAAACUACAGUUGUAGUGUAAGAGAAAUAAAUAUAUGUGUACAUCUAACUGUAAAAUAAGUACACAUGUUUGUUGAAUCCAGUCCAAUGAUUCAUCUGCUUUUUAUCGACAAUUUCUGGUUACAAUUUUUGUUUGUAUAAAAUUUUUUAGAAGGCACUUGGGAGUAAAUAUAUGUGAACAGUACAGUAUUACACAAAUGUACUGCAUGGGAAUGUAUUCCGUAGCAUUGAAAUGGCAAAAAACUUUGAAGGGCAAGACCAUAAAUGAAUGAAAUCACAAAUUGUGCAGAAUUCUAUGGAUGGUAAAGCAAUGCUGAAACAGGUUGAAUAAAUCUAUCAAAUAUACACCAGUAGAGGGCAGCAAAACAACCAACUGUAUCGGCCUGUGCAAAUUCAAACAGGCUUUAAAUAUUUAUUUAAAAAUAAGCAUUACUAAUAAACCUAACAGACACAAGUUCCUGGAGACAGACCCAACAAUACUAACACAACCCAAUAUCCAAUUGAAAUUGAUAGUUAAAGUCACAGUUUUUUACCCCUUUUUUCUCCUUUCUUUCCCAGCCUUUAAAAAACUGCAAGACAACAUUUAUGUACACAAUAAUGUUUGAUAAUAAAAUAGUUUAGUGCUUGGCCAAUGUGCUUGGCUACUGAGGUUAUUUCUUUUCUUUUUUUUUAAGUUAACUGAAAAGCAAGACAGAUGUCACUUUCAGUUCUGUGGGUUACUUGAUUGAACAACAUAGAAAAGUAGAAAAUACUAUGCAGUUUCCUUUCUUCAACUUCAUAUAAUGGAUAACAAAAAACAGUGGGGAAAUUUUAAGACUGUGCUCAAUUUAACACACAAUGCCAAAUUAUUUUGACAUAGUGUGCAGGGUUUGCAUAUCAAGACACUUUAUUGACACUUUAUUUAUAGAUACAGGGUUAUCUUCACUUCUCCAUUUUAUCUUCGGUAACAACAGCUGCAAGUAAGCAUCCUUUACCAGACAUCUUUUUGCCAUUGUUCACAUGUGACUAAAAGGCUGUCUGAGUGAGCACUCACAGACUUUGGUACUAAGUGCUCCUUACCAGGUGCUGUAAUUUAUGCAAGUAUAGAGUUAGAAGCAAGGCCCCAUGGCAAUCUGCACAAAUAUUAGGAGAAGUGAAACAGCAAACAGUCAGAACUAUUCAGCUGAUUUGACCCACAAAACCCUCUGAAACAGGUGUCUAAUUGUACUGGCCUUCUGUGAAGGUAAUGGCUUGUUUGUUCUGACAAGACGAUGUGGAGGUGGGUAGGGUCCCUUCUCUCAGAAUUUAAAUGACUCUCUGCUCUCACACUUCCUCUGCUGCCAAGCAUGAGAUGUGUGGGGUGUGUAUGUCUGAGAGAGAGAGAGAGUUUAUAUUAUAAUAAAUAUAAUAUCAGUUUUGUUCUUCACACUUUUAUUCAUGUUAUUAGUUUCUGUUUUACAAUAUGUGACUAUGUUUAUUAUUAUUAUUAUUAUUAUUAUAGUGUUAUGGAACUUGUUACAUAUUGUUUAUGUGGUUUCUAUGUUUCUGUGUCUCUUACAUGUGUUGCUUUGGCAAUGUGACUGUAAUUGUCCUGCCAAUAAAGCUAAUUUGAAUUGAAAUCAAGAGAGAGAGAGAAAGCUAGCUUGUGUGUGUGUGUGUGUGUGUGUGUGUGUGUGUGUGCGUAUGUGCGCGUGUGCACAUGUGCCCAUGCAUGCGUGACAUGUGUGCCAGGGGUGUGAGGGAACUUGUUCAGACCAAAGCAAUUAACUAUGCCAGCCUGAACAGGAAGUGGUGUAACACAGAGAUGAGUCAGAGACCAGUGGCUUGAUUAAUGCCUUUAGGAAGAGCUAAUUUAGAGCAAUAUCCCAAGAGGCACACCUGUUUGUUCAAAUCAAAUAGGAUAGAUAGGAUAUUUUUUUAAAAGGGACAAAGAGAAGAUGUUAUGUUUUGGUAUAAUUUUGAGACACGUAUUAUACCAAAAAAAAGAAGCUAUGUUUUGGUAUAAUUUUGAGACACAUAAUUUUGAGACACAUAUAGGGUGGGGUUUCUUGUCUGGUUUUUACAUUGCUUCUAUAUUUGCACUUCAGGUGAUUUGAUUACAAAUUACAGCAGUUAUCUUCUAACUGUCUAAAAUUGAAUUGAAUUAAUAACUGAGGAAACUCCUUUGAGUUACUCUGAUCUUGUCACAUUGAUUUUAAAUUUUCAUUGAAGCAAUGCACAGAUAAAAUUGCUCUUUUGAACAUAAUAGGACAUUUGUUCACAAUGAUCACUACAUUGAAAUAGCCCCUAAAACUGUAUAGUUAUCAUUAGAAUUAGUAUAACCAAUGAAAUAUAUGCGAUUCCUUACAAUAAUAUAACUAAGUGCUAUUUAAUAAGUAAAAAAUACUUUAUAUGUAAAUAUACUUACAAAUUAUAUACAGACAUAACAGUGUCUUUAAGCAAUCAUGGGCUCAGUGGUACUGACAAAGAUACAACAAAUAUUAUCGAUUCACUGUGGUGUAAGACAGUGUCAUCAUUACUUUCAGCAUUAGUGUACUUAUCACAAUACUUCUUCUCUUGCAGCAUAAAAUGUUUCCUGCAAGGCACAGCUGGCCUGUGCAGAAUGGACGAGACUCUGUAUUUCACCAAAGGCACACCCUCAUCAAGUGUGACACCCCAAAUAAUGCACACUGAGGGAGAUGACUGAAGGGCAGGUGACUGUCUGGUGAGAAGGCCACAAGCUGAUUUAUGGGAGGCUUUUAGCUGCUGUGAUUUCAUGGUAAUUCCGGGGAAGUGACGGGCAGACCUCGGCAGCAGUGAAGCCAGUCAUACUGCAGUGGGGGCACCAGUGGGGAAUGGAUUAAGAGGGCAAGAUGUAAGAAUGGCAAUGCCCCUGUGCACAAAUUGAGGUCCAUAAAGAAAUGGUUAGCUGAGUUUGGUGUGGAAGAACUUGACAGGGCUCAGACCUCAAACCCACUGAACACCUUUGGGAUGAAUCAGAACGCCGACUGCGACUCAGGCCUUAUCGCCCAACAUCAGUGCAUGACCUCAUCAAUGCUCUUGUGGCUGAAUGGAAGAGAAUCCCCGCAGCCAUGUUCCAAAAUCUUGUGGAAAGCCAUCCCAGAAGAGUAGAGGCUGUUAUAGCAGCAAAGGGGGAACCAACUCCAUAUUAAUUCCCAUGGUUUUAGAAUGGGAUAUUCAACAAGCACAUAUGGAUGUGAUGUUCAGGUGUCCACAUACUUUUGGCCAUGUAGUGUAUAUUGGAUAUAUGUAACAGGAAUAUUUAUAAAUGUGUGUGUGUGUGUGUGUGUGUCUAUUUGUGUGUGCGUCUAUAGUAUGCAUCUUUUCUGAUCUUUUCAGUACCAUUAAAAAUAUACAUCUACAGGAUGUUUGGUGACAUAAUUACAGCAGUAGCAAAAUGUCCAGUUGUUGAAAACUUUAUUCUGAACAUGAUGUGCAUGUCUGAAUGCAAAACACAAAAUAUGGCACAUUUUUACAGUUGAGUUCUUAAGCCCCUCUGAUUGUGCUAUAAUUUAGUCCCAGCACUUAGUCAUGCUAUAGGCCUGGAGGCCCUCUGCUUUCAUUCUUACCAUAAAGCUUUUUCUUAUGGCUUUUUGUUGCUAUUUUUAGGUAAAGUAUUCUGUUUAAUACUGGCAAUCGAGCAAUGAGGCUGCGUGAGCUAAUAGGAUCCCUGCACACAUACA